GGUGGAUUAGCAGUCAAGGGCGCUUGCCUUCGGGUUUCAGUCAAAUACAGGAAUGUAGGGUUUCGGAUUUUCGGCUUCAUGCUCUAAUACCAGCAGGCGACAACUGCUGGAAGGAUCAGCUAUUAUUAGGCUAUUAGGUUAUAGAAAUAAGCCGGAUAGAAUAAAGAUACCGUGCAACAGGGUUGCCAGAUUGCACUCAUUAGCGCAUUAGCUUUAGGCCAGCCAGGAUAAAACACAAUUACUAGAAUUAUAUUAUCACAAAGAUCAAUUGUAACCUAAUGUAAUAAUAAUUUAAAAAACAAAACAAAACAGUGUUUGGUGAGACUCAAUCUGGCAACCCGCUGUCAUCGGUCUCUGGUCUCCUGGCCGAUGGAGGGCGGAGACGCACGAGAAGUUUGACAACAACUUCAGCUCGUCCUUGGAGAGCAGAAUGUCAGAGCGACUUUGUUGCGUCCCAUAAACCUGGAAGGUGUGCUGGAGCUCAAAUCAUGCUGAGUGUCCUGGCGAGAGCUGCGUCGAGAGCAGUGCCCACGCACUUGUCAAGGUCAGUGGUAGUCGUGCAGAUCCGUGACCUCUCUUUGGCACAUCAGGAUGGUUUGCCCAAGCUGCCAGUGCCACCGCUCAGACAGACGUGUGAACGUUACCUGGCUGUACUCGAGCCACUCGUGUCUAAGGAGGAGAUGGACCACACGCACCAGCUCAUAGCUGAGUUCCUGUCCUCUGGCGGCGUUGGGGAAAGGCUGCAGAAAGGACUGGAGAGACGAGCACGUAAAACUGAGAACUGGCUCUCCGAUUGGUGGAUGCAGUCAGCCUACUUAGACUCUCGUAUGCCAAUCCCAGUGUACACCAGCCCUGGUGUGGUUUUGCCACAGAUGCACUUCCAGGAUCGCCAGGGACAGAUGAGGUUUGCUGCCAAACUGAUUGCUGGCGUUUUGGACUUCAAACGAAUGAUUGAUAGUGAAACACUACCUAUUGAGUAUUUGGGAGGAAAGCCAUUAUGCAUGGACCAGUAUUACCAGGUGCUGUCAUCAUGUCGAAUACCAGAGCCGAAGAAAGACACUGUGGUGAACCACUCCAUUGGAAAGACGCCACAAACUCACAUCACGGUGGUUCACAAUUUUCAGUUUUUUGUUCUGGAUGUAUACAAUAGCGACGGCACGCCGCUGACAGUGGAUCAGCUCUACAUGCAGUUGGAGAAAAUCUGGAAUUCUUCUUUACAAACCAAUAAAGAGCCUAUUGGCAUUCUCACCUCGAACCACCGCAACACCUGGGGCAAAGCCUACAACAACCUCAUCAAGGACAAAACGAAUAAAGAGUCAGUACGGGCGAUCCAGAAGAGCAUCUUUUUAGUGUGUCUGGAUGCCCCGAUGCCACGUGUGUCAGAUGAGAUCUACUACAGUAAAGUAGCUGCACAGAUGUUGCAUGGAGGAGGAAGCCGCUGGAACAGUGGGAAUCGCUGGUUUGAUAAAACACUACAGUUCAUAGUGGGCGAGGAUGGAUCGUGUGGACUGACGUAUGAGCACGCUCCUGCUGAGGGACCUCCCAUUGUGUUCCUAGUGGAUCACGUGGUGGAAUAUAUGAAGAAAACUGAGAUGGUACGAACUCCUAUGAUUCCACUCUCCAUGCCACAAAAGCUGCGCUUUAACAUCACACCUGAAAUCAAAAAGGACAUCGAGAAAGCCAAGCAGAAUAUGAACAUAAUGGUGCAAGACCUGGAUGUGCGAGUGCUCAACUUCUCUCACUAUGGAAGGAAUUACAUCAGGUCGUGUAAAAUGAGCCCAGAUGCUUUCAUCCAAAUGGCCCUUCAGCUGGCAUAUUACAGGCUGUACAAUGUUUGCUGCUCUACAUGCGAGAGUGCCUCCCUACGCAUGUUUAAACUGGGCAGGACAGAAGCCAUCCGCUCUACCUCCACUGCGUCGCUCAAAUUCGUACAAGCCAUGGAUGACAAGUCCAUACAGAACGCCGAGAAACUGGCCCUGCUGGAGAAGGCCAUCAGCGUCCAUCGAGAGUACACUCGCAUGGCCAUUCAUGGCCAAGCAAUAGACAGACAUCUGCUGGGGCUGAAGAUGCAAAGCAUUGAGGAUCUGACUUCUCUGCCAGAAAUCUUCAUGGAUACUUCCUAUGCUGUGGCCAUGCAUUUCAACCUCUUCACCAGCCAAGUUGGCUCAAAGACGGACUGUUUUAUGUGUAUUGGGCCAAUGGUGCCGGACGGUUAUGGCGUCUGCUACAACCCAAUGGACGACCAUGUCAACUUUGCUGUAACGGCCUUCAACAGCUGCGAAGAAACUAAUGCCACCAAAUUCACACGGUUCCUCGAUGAAGCACUGUUGGAUAUGAAGGCUCUUCUGGUGGAGCAGACACCUAAGCCAAGCAAGUGAUGCUGCUUACUGCAGGAUAAGACAAAAGCAACAAGCAAAGAGGACCAGAGAGGAAAGUAAACUUGUAAGGCUGGGAAGAAGAAGAAGAAUUUGCUAUGUCUGCAUACUGUAUGUCCUUAGGCAGAAUGUGAACAUGCAGGAGCUGACUGUUCUCUCACCCUUAUUUCUUUGAUUAGCUUGCCAUGACGUUAAUGUUUGUCGUACAACAUUUUAGUACAGAUCUCUGAUGCUGGUGGAAAAAACUUGUACCACCAUGCUGCAACAUGUUCAUGAUACUUCAGUAUUUUUUUAAUUGCUGUUUACUUAAUGUUGCUGUUUACUGACCUCUUUUUGAAUUUUUGCUGUAUUCCAGAACAAACCAAGUUUUGUUUUGUUUUUAUGCUUCGCUGAAGCACUUAGCAAGCCUGUUUAAUGACUGUUGUGCAUAUCUAUAGCUACAUAUUUAUUGAGACAAAUAUACAUUUGGACACAGUACUGCUGUAAGAUCUACACUUUUUCUUUUUUUUUAAUGAACGUGAAAAAGAAAAGUAUAAAUGUCCAGUGAACUUGUAUCAUUAAACCAAAAGCUUUCUUUAGUUUCUUAGAA